UUCACCGCAGCAUCUUCUACUCGCCGAAUGAGAGGAAUCAAUAACCGUCACCUUCAUUCUCUCGGCUCCGCCAUUUCCCUUCCUCGACGCCACCAUCUUCUCCGCCUGCUCUAAACGAACAGAUUCAUCUCCUUCUCUUGUGCAUCAGUUUCCACAUCCGUUACUCCAUCACAGAGAUUCUGAAGCAGAAUAGAGAACAAAUACCAGAAAAUGCCUCUGUAUGACUGUAUGCUGCUGCUGAAGCCCCGUGUGAGCAAUGAAUCUUUGGUGGAUUUGGUUACCCAUGUGGGUAAGCAUGUUUAUGCUAGAAAUGGUGUCCUUGGGGAUAUAAAAUCAUUUGGAACCAUUCAGUUGGGCUAUGGCAUUAAAAAACUUGAUGGAAGAUACUAUCAGGCGCAAUUGAUGCAAAUGACAAUGAUGACCCCACCUAGCUUCAACAAAGAGCUGCACUACCUAAACAAGGAAGACAGGUUGCUGCGUUGGCUUUUAGUUAAACACCGCGAUGUCAAAUUUGGCCUGGACUAUUUAGUGGAAGACGAAGAUCAAGGUGAACUAAGCAGGCUUAGAAGCAGCCACGAAGAUGACAUGGAUGAUGAAGAUGAGGAUGAUCAUGAAGAAUAUGAUCGCGCUUUUGAAGAAAAUAAUCCAGAGAAAGCAUGAUACAAUGAAUCUGAUUGUUCUGUUUGUUCUUGUUAGGUAUGGAACAUUGAAGAGAAUAAUAAUAAUCCAGACGAAACAUAUAUGAUGAUUCGACUGUUCUUAUUCGAUAUCUCAAAUUUCCCAGGUUGAAGAGUUUAGUUGCUAUUCAAUUAUUGAACAAUUGCAGUCAUUACUAGAGUUUUUUCUUUUUUUCCUGUAUGAACAAUUUUAGU